AUGCGAGACAGAACUACUCAAAAAACUAUUGAUCAACGGCAACAAAAAUUCGCCAUUGAUCAAUUGAUGAUGUUAAAAACAAAUCAAAUUUCACAAUUGAAUGACAAUUAUUCAACUCAUCGUUUGAAUUCAUUCUGUGGACGUAGUACUCCGUUGAUCAAUUCUCAACUUGUUCCGUCAACAAAAUUAUAUUUGGGUAAUUUAACAGGAGAAAUAACUCCACAUCACUUGUUAGAAUUUUAUUCUAAAUUCGGUCGAUUACUGGAAUGUGUUAAAAUUCGUGAUAAUUAUGGUUUCAUUCGUUAUGAAACGUUGGAACAAGCCAAAGAUGCACUAGAAAAAACAAAUGGAUAUGUUUUCAAUGGUCAAACAUUGAAAGUUGAAUACGCAAAAAAUGGUGGAAAUCACCACGUUAAACAUCGCACAAUUCCCAUAUCCUAUCCGACACAACAUGCGAGAACAUAUUCGUCCUCAUCAUCGUCUUCCACUUCAUCAGACAUGUCAUCACCAGUAUUCGAACAUAAAUACGAUAGAAAACGAAGACUUUCAUCCGACAACAAUAUACAACAGCAGCAACAACAAACGAGAGAACAUAAUACAAUUUUUCCUACUAAUGCUAGAACUGGACAACAAAAUGAGCAUUACUCACUACAACAACCUUCAAUUCAAAGAUUAAAUAAUUAUUUGUACACUUAUUCUAAACAACCACAACAAAUGUCAAAGUUUAACUCUGUUUCGUCACAAAAUCGUGUUCAAACGCCAACGUUUCAUAAUAACAAACACCAUUCACCAGUAUUUCAGUCUUUAUCUCAGACACAUGAACCAGAGUUGCUACCACCAGGUUUCAAUUAUUUUUCAAUUUCAACAACAACAAAAUCUGGUUUAUCUCAGGGUCAAACUCCAUUAAAUCCUGGUAUGUCUCAACAUAUCGCAAUGUCGCGAACACCAUCUUCAUUAUCAACAUUGAGUACAGAUAGUCAUGAAACACAACAACACAGAACAUUAAACAAUCCAAAUUUCAUAGCUAAUGGCUAUUCUAAUGUACAAGAGUCUAAUAUUCACAAUUCGUCAUCAGAACAUCCGAAUUUAGUCGAACAAGAACAGCAAAUUGGUUGGAAACCUGCUACUGAACAACUAAAACGAGAUUCUAAUCCUUUCUCAACUGAUGAUGAUGAUUCAGCGAUUGUUGUUGGUUCUAAAAAUCAACAGUCCAACGGAGAAACAAUAAGAAAUUAUGAUCAAAUAUUAGAUAUUUCUCAAAAUAUUGCAUUAAAGUUACCAAGUAAUACAUCAGAGAUUUCUAAAACAAAAGUUUUACAACAACAGCAAUCGUGGACGGAUACUCCUUUGUUUCUGUCUCAACAUUCAAUAUCAUCGUCGUCAUUCGUAUGGGAUUAUGUAAUGUUUCCUGAAGCUGCUCUUCAUCCUGGAUUAUGUGGUGGUGGUGAUGAUAUGAAUUGGUGGCAAAAAAGGUUAUGGCCAAAACUCGAACAAGUAUUUGCCUAA